AUGGUUACUAAGAGCGGAUUCGGCAAGACUUCCAAGCGGGUUCCCGUCCGCCUGAGGCACAAGAGAGAAAAGUCUGCUGUUCAGAAGCAGAGAAAGCAAAAGAAGCUCGCAAAGAAGAACCCUGAAUGGCGGUCAAAACUUAAGAAGGACCCCGGCAUUCCCAAUCUCUUCCCCAACAAGGACAAGCUUCUCCAUGACAUUGAAGAGCGGAAGCGCAUGAAGGCCGAGGAGCAACAACAUAUUCGCGAGGAGGCACGAACCCGCAAGACUGAAGGUCUGCCCGCCAAGACUGGCACCGAGGCUGUCGACAUCGACGAGAACGAUAUUAUGGAUGAUGAUAUGGAUGCUGAGGGCAAUGAUUCGAACCCCAUGGCUGCUCUUCUCGCCUCAGCACGCGCCCGUGCUGUAGAAUACGAUGAUAACCAAAGUGACGACGAAGAGAUGGAGGAAGAUGAAGACGACGAGGAUGAGAUGGAUGAGGACGAUGAGGAGGGCGGCGCAACUAUUGACGAGUCUGCCCCACCAUUGGUCAAUUCAAAGUCUUACUCAAAGGAGAGUUCACGACGCCAAUUCGACAAGGUGUUCAAGCAGGUCACCGACAACGCCGAUGUCGUGCUGUACGUGCUUGAUGCCCGCGACCCCGAGGGCACCCGCUCAAAGGAUAUUGAGCGCGAGAUCAUGAUGGCAGAUGGUGGCAACAAACGGUUGAUUCUCAUUUUGAACAAGAUCGAUCUGGUUCCGCCGCCAGUGCUCAAGGCCUGGUUGCUUCACCUGCGCCGCUCUUUCCCCACUCUCCCUCUUAAGGCAUCCAGCGGCACCACUGCCAACGCACACAGCUUCGACCACAAGCAGUUGACGGUCAAGGGUACUUCGGAUACGCUCUUCCGUGCCCUUAAGUCAUACGCCGGCGCCAAGCAGCUGAAGCGAGCCGUCUCUGUCGGUGUCAUUGGAUACCCCAAUGUCGGCAAGUCGUCCGUCAUCAACGCACUCACCGCACGUCUGAACAAGGGCUCGAGCAAUGCAUGCCCAACAGGCGCCGAGGCUGGUGUUACCACUAGCCUGCGCCAGGUCAAGCUCGACAGCAAGCUCAAGCUGAUUGACUCGCCCGGAAUUGUCUUCCCCAGCUCCGGUGACAAGUCUAGCAAGAAGAACAAGAAGCAAGAAGACCAGGCCCGUCUCAUUCUCCUCAAUGCCAUCCCGCCCAAGCAGAUUGAGGAUCCCAUCCCCGCAGUCAACCUCCUGAUGAAGCGUCUAUCCUCAUCGGAGAACCUCCUCGCCAAGAUGCUCGAGUUGUACGGCAUCACUGCCCUCUUCCCCGGCAAUGGCGACAAGACCACCGACUUCUUGGUCCAGGUCGCCCGCAAGCGCGGCCGUCUCGGAAAGCGCGGUGUCCCCAACAUCGAGAGCGCUGCCAUGACCGUUAUCAACGACUGGAGAGAUGGACGCAUUCAAGGCUGGGCCAAUGCGCCCGUGCUGCCCGUUGUCUCGGCGGAUGCUCCUGCCGGCGAUAUUGAGCCUGGUGUCGACACUACAAAGGUCGUCACCGAGUGGGCCAAGGAGUUCAGUAUCGAGGGUCUCUGGGGCAACGGACAAGGUGAUGACGAGGAGAUGGCCGAGUAA